CUUGCACUUGCAUUCUAUAAAGUCCUUUCAAAAUGAAUUUUAAAACUGCUUUGAUCUGUUUCGCACUGCUCCUGAUUGGAACGCUAUGCUCGGCAUAUUCCAAUCAAGAACGUCAACGUGACAGUCGUAGGGUUGCUGAAAUUAUGCGAACCUCCUUGGACGACAAUACCAAAAUCAACCGAAUCCAGGAGCUACUUACCAUAUACAAUCGCAUGGCUCCUAGUUUGAGACCAGAUGAAAGGGCGAGAAUCGACAGAUUCAUAAGUCGACAUACGGAAGGAAUCAUCGUCGAUGGAGUACCCAGUCAAGGUGGUGCUAGGAAGAUCUUUAAGAAGACUCUGUCUCCGGCUGCAAAGAGCGUGGCAACUGGAUUCUUUACCGAACUCGGUGCAAGUCUUGCAAGCCUAUUCACUAGCUGGUUUCCAACCACCACCACAGAACGAAACCAUUGAAAUCGUGGACAACUUUCUUGUAAUUAAAUAAAUU